AGCGCCGCAGAUGAAUGAACAGUGAAUCGACUCCUAGUUCACAGAGAGUCGUCAUGAGUCAGAAGGUCGCGAGGUGAGCGGAUAGAGAACAGCAACUGGCCGCUUUUAACCCCAAACAUCCACAGCUUUUCCUUCCAGAGAGACUCCGGGAAAACAUGGAGAGGAAAAGGUGGGAGUGCUCGGCUCUCCCGAAUGGUUGGAAAAUGGAAGAAGUGACCAGAAAGUCGGGCUUGUCCGCGGGGAAAAGUGAUGUCUAUUAUUUUAGUCCAACAGGGAAGAAGUUUCGGAGUAAGCCACAGCUGGUGCGGUAUCUGGGAAACUCCAUGGAUCUCAGUUCCUUCGAUUUCCGCACGGGGAAAAUGCUCAUGAGCAAACUGAACAAGAACCGGCAGCGAAUACGCUACGAUAACAGUCAGAGCAAGGGUAAACCGGAUCUGAACACAUCACUGCCGGUCCGUCAGACGGCGUCCAUCUUUAAACAGCCCGUCACCAAAGUUACAAAUCACCCCAGCAACAAGGUCAAGACUGACCCGCAGAAGGCUGUGGACCAGCCCAAACAGCUGUUCUGGGAAAAGAAGCUGAGUGGACUGAACACUUACGAUAUAGCAGAGGAGCUGGUGAAGACCAUGGAUCUUCCUAAAGGUUUGCAAGGUGUUGGUCCAGGUUACUCAGAUAAGACGCUCCUCUCGGCUCUAGCGAGCGCUCUGCACACGAGCUCGGCCCCCAUCACGGGUCAGCUGUCCGCCGCUGUGGAGAAGAACCCCGGCGUUUGGCUCAACACCACACAGCCGCUCUGCAAAGCCUUCAUGGUGACCGACGAGGACAUCAGAAAGCAGGAGGAUCUGGUGUUUAGCGUGAGGAAGCGGCUGGAAGAAGCGCUCAUGGCAGACAUGCUGGCGCACAUAGAGGAGGACGCCGGCGAUGCCCAAUCCCCAAAGGACGAGUCCGACGAUGAGGACAUGGACACUGUAUAACUGGUUGAUCGGUGGCGACGGGAUCAACCUGGACGACAGUAUUUUUCCUCCCACAAACCCAAAGACUCGGAGCGGAUCCCUAUGCAGAAACACACCCUCUCUCCGGCCGCUCCGCUCUAACUCGACUGUGAAACUCAUGUUUUACUCCCGUAACAUUUCAAGCAGUUUUUAUAAAACUAGAUGUGCUUUAACUGCUCUAUUUUUGUAUCAGAUUUCUGAAGUUCUCCAUCACGUGUCCGUUGGGUUCGACUGAGUUUUCGGACCUUUCUUUUGUUUUUUGUUUUUACUCAGACAUUGUAAGCUAAGAUCAUGCAACAUCAGUUGUUUUUUUUUACACACAAGCAAAAAUGCCAUGUUUUUAUGACUAAUAAUAAAGUGCAUAUUGUUUUGUGAUAGCUGGUGCUCAAUCUUUUUCCUGGCUUGUGUUGAGCGUAGACAUGACAUGAGCUUUUACAUUGGUGCUUUUCCCAUCAAGCCUUGUGGCCAUUAUGUCCAUGAUCAUUAAAGUUAAGUGAAAAAGACCUUUUUACUGUAUUUCUGGAGGGAUUCGAUCAAGCUGUGGUUGGAAAUUAUGCACUGAUGAGGUGUGAUUUAUUAUUAUGGUUACAGCACAAAAUCAGAUUAUUUCCCUGUGUUGUUGAAUUCAUGAUCUCGUCAGUAGGUUUGAUUUUAAUUUACACUUAUUCUUCACACAGCCAUGGUUUAACUUAAAUAAUGCAUUUUUUUCUUAUUUGAUAUCAUUAUGAAAUAUGGAGGGGACGUGGUUUUGAAUGUUGCUCCUUUAUUUUGAGGAUACAGUCCUUGUAGCUGAGAGAGAUAAUUUUGUAUACAUGGCAAAUAAAAGACUUUCAACACA